CGCUCCGUCCUUCUUCUCCGCGGGCUUUGCGCUUCGCGGCGGCUCUUGUGCACAGUGGCCUAUCGGCGCUUCGACGCAGCGCAGCUCCGCGCUCUUGUCUAUACUCUUCCCGUACACGCUUUGGAGAAGUUGUUACUGUGCUUGUUAUACAGUGACAUCACGCUGACAAGAGGAUCUCAUCUCAUCAGUGGCCGCGGCGUGAAGGCGAACCUCCAGAAUGAUUUUGAGCAAGUGAAGACUAAAAUUAGAUUAGCAAACCUGGAGGAGGUACUCGACUGAGGAGCGAUCGGUCGUCGACGAUCAGCAAUACUCAUACGAAAGUUUACUUUGCGGAAAAGUACACAGUCCACAAAUCGACAAUCCACAGUAUCGAACGUACUGUAAACCAGAGAAGAGGUGCACCAAAGCAAGUGAUGUCAAUUUCGUCAAGCGCUGCACGUGCGCUCGUCCGGCAUCGGUCUGUCAGCGGCAACAAUCGCCAGGUGGUGUCCCGACCCUCCUAGUGCCAGCUCCACCGCUCAGCCCGUGGAUCGGUAAGGCAGAAAAGCAGAUCCGCCGCUGCACUCGUCUGCGAAGAGAGCCUCGCCGUGCUGAGCGAUCGCAGCCGAGUUUGGAUCUCCUCUAUAUCCGAGAGCAGCUAGCACGCGCAGCGCAGCAUCGGCGUUCGGCCCCAGGGUAUAUGCCAGUGCUAUUAAUAGCGCGUUCGAGCGCCUGCCGCUCGGGGGCCGUGUGCGCCGUCGCCGAGAGCGGGUGAAAAUAGCCGAAGAAUGCUCAGGGCGUCCAAUUGGACUUGGCUGGCAGGAGGAUGGGGCAAUAUGGCCGACUUGGCCGAGCGGGUGGACGAUCUGAUAUGCAGUUUCGACUCGUCCGCCGACGCGACAAUGGACACCCUGUCGAUGCUCAUCUUCGGCUGGAUGCUCCUGGGCCUGGUCAUCCUCUGCGUCGGCAAGUUCAUCUACAAUCGGAUCCACCAGCACGGGAAAACCGGGCUGCAGUCGGCGGCUAGCGCCUCGGCCGGCCAUCACCAUCCAGUCGGCGCUGCUGGUGCCGCUGCUGCUGCUGCGGCCAGCGCUGCCAAGGAGCCCGGACACAUAGCCGCGGCUGGACUGCACGCGAUCGGCGAGAGUGUCGUGCUGCUCGGAGCCGGUGCCUCGGCCUCCGGAGUCGCCGCGGCCGUAGCCAGGUCCAGGUCGGUCAACGCCAGCAGGGCAUCCGCCGGCGGCGCUGGAGUCGUCCACUCGUCCUCUGGUAGAGGUGGUGGCCUGUCGCCGAGCUCGUUCUCGAGCCCCGGUGGUUACGUGCCGCCGACGCCGCCGGUGCGCAAGCGACUCACGCGCAAGAAUUCCGGGCCGCUGGUCAGCCCGGCGCGGAGCUCGCGGUCUCUGCACCUGCCGACGGCCACUGGACCCGAUCCCGAGUCCGUAAGAUGGACCAACGAGAUGCUCAUCUGGCUGCAUACCGAUCUCGUAGUGCUCGACGAGCUACUGGCCGUCUGGGUCGACUCGCUCAACGAUUUCGUCGCUUCCGCCAUCUCAGAGCAUGGAAUUGGCGUUGAGUUCGUGCGAGUUCUACCAGAAACGCAUCCACCGGUACUGUCCAACAUCUUUUGCGAGUGCGACUCCAAGGACGAUGUGACGAUAACUUGCGACUGCGAGGCGACACCUGCCCUCCAGCUAAAGGCCUUCCGUCAGCACGGCGACAAAAUCGAAGCCAGUCAUUACCGAGUCAACGUGAAUCGCUUCCGAGCCCGGCUCAACGUCGUUUGCAUAACCGAGAAGCUGCUCGUCGAUCUCAAAUGCGACGGAUGGCCCGAGGUCAAAGUGUCGCUUGCACCGGUUGGAACGAUAAAGAAGGACCUCGACGAGACCCACCUUCAGGAGGUGCUGACGGAGAUAGUGGUCGGAGCCAUUCGCGGGACCAACGUACACCUGAAUCUCUCGCAGUACACCAACUGUCCACGACUAUGGCGAGAACCGGUCCACCAGUCGGGCUACUCUAUGCCCAUGCACUACGACAGCAUGGGCGGCUCGAGCUCAAACGUCAACCGACAACGACACGGCCACGUCCACUCGUCGGCCUCGACGAUACAUCAGUACGCACCGGGUGAACGCCGGCUCCUGGUCAAGGUCGUACGAGCAGCCGACCUCGCGGGUCCCCUCGAGUGCAAGGAGCCCUACUGCGUGGUGGAACUCGACGAGCCACCCCAGAGACAUCAGACUUCCGUCAAGAAGGACACCAAGAACCCCGUCUGGGACGAGGCUUUCCUCUUCGACAUCAGUCAAAACACGACGGAAGUGAUGCUCGAGGUUUACGACAGAGUUAAUAAAAGCGAGAAAUUUUUGGGUCUCGGCAUCGUAGGAGUCGAGGAACUACUGGCGAACCCAAGCCAGAGGCAGAUAAUACCGCUUCAAGCGAGGCCUUACGAAGAAGACGAAGUCACCGGCACCCUCACAGUCGAAUUUCUCUUUAUCGAGGGUGCGGAAGUGCCGCAAAUUGGCAGCAAGCCCUACAAGGUGAAGGAAACGAUCAAGCCGCCGUCCUCACCGACGCGCGCCUAUAAUCCGACAAACAACCUAUUGAGCAACAAUAGUAGCAUUAACUAUAACAACGGUAACAGCACACUUAUUUUGUACGACUCUACAAACGAAUCGGGAGGCGAUUUCUUGACGAAUGGAAGCUCAGCAGUGGAUUCACCAUACAGAAGUGGACAAACAAAUGGUAACAAGGGGACUUUGAUCGUUCAUAGCCAACAGAGGCAAGCUCAACGGCAAGUUGUUAAGGUCACUCUGAACGAGAAUGGUGGUUGGCAGGAGAUUCCAUCUCCAUCAGAGCUGGGAGACAAGGACACAAAUGUGACAUCUGGGCAAGAAAGUACACCAAAUUCAUCGAAUUCUGAUGGUAUGAAAGACAGAGGAAGAACAAGAAGAAAACGCAGAGAUUUCUUUGGGACAAUCAGAAAACGACUUGGGCGUUCAAAGACGAGGAGUCGAUCAGCUGGACCAGAAGGCGAUGCUAGUCAUGAUGAUGCUCACUCUAGAUCUAUCUCGGCUGAUAGGGCAAGAGAUCCAGGAUCGGGGCGAGAAGAACACUCAAGGAGAUCUAGUGUCAGUGAAGCUUCUGCUAUUAGUGGAACAUCGACAAGAACUUACAUCAAUGAAGCAUCUACAUUGGUUUUAGAAACCCUUGAAAAUGGCAUCAGAAAGCAUUAUCUUGUUCCCUUAUCAUUGGCACAAAAGAGCAAGUGGAAGAAAAAGGGAACUAAACUUCACAUCUUCAAUGAUCAUACUUUUAUUGCAAAACAUAUGCCUGGAGGAACAGUCUGUGAAGUCUGUAAAAGAACGUUAGCAAGAAGAUUAGGCAAACAAGGCUAUGAAUGUCGAGACUGUCAGAUGAAAUGUCAUAAGCACUGUCAUGUUAAGGUCGACUCCAUGUGUUCAUCUUCCACUAUUCAAAGCAUAGAACUGUCCCUACUUCCUGUUCUGAGCGAGUAGGAUAGGACUUUCGUGAAAACUCCAGAAUUGAAGAGGAAACCUUCGGUGCGGAUUCGUUAGGACUUUGCCAAGACAGCAUAAUCAGCAACUCGUUGUAUGCGGUUCGAAGGUCGGCUCAUGAAAUCCACUUCGACGAAUUCCACUUCGGUUUUUAAUAAUUAUAUAUAUACAAACAACAUUAUUGAUUUCAACUCCAAGCUUGAGCCAUAUAUAUAUAUGAAAAGAGAUACAAAAAAAAGCGAAUGACCGAGUACCUGCUUUUGCGCUACGAAAUGUUAAAGUAACGAUUGUUGAUUAUUGAUUUCUUCUAUCCCGACAUAUUAUUUAUUUAUUAACGUGGUGCAUAGGAAAAUCUCGAUUAUUUUGUAUGAUUAUUUUAUUUAUCUUGAAAGCCAAGUUUUUCUAGUCCCAUUAUCUUUUAAUGCAAUCACCAAGGUUGAUGAUUUAUGAAGUGACUAGUAUUAUUGAAAUGUUUUUUAUCUAUUAAUCUUCCACUCUGGUCCUCCAAUAUAGAAUGGUUGAGAAGAGUAUCGUAUAUGAAUCAUGAGAUUUUUUUGGGUAAAUUUACUAUUUUGUUUUGUUUGAAUAUGAUUAAUAUAUAUUUUUGUUUUUACGUUUAUUGAUAAAAUUUUUACAAAUUAAUCGACUGAAUGAUUAUUAUUUUUUGUAAAUGCGUAUAAUGAACUCUCCAGCGACAAGAAAAAUAAUCAAAACGAACGCACUAUGCGACGCACAAAUAUAUAUCUCGUUAAUUUCUUCUUUCCAUAUGAUGAACCAUGAAUCAUUGUUUUUUUUUCAUCAUCAUCGCAAUACUUCAUUGAAAAUGAUAUUAAUACUUUUUUACGCGGCAAAUAUAUAUUCGAUAGAACGAGAUGUCGCAUUCGAAUCUGUAGUUUUUGUACUAAAAAAAGAUGAAUCUUUUCUUUCUGCAUAAUUUAGAUAUGGGAAGGUUUACUUGUACCUACUAUUGGUACCUGUAAUAAGAGCUUGAUAAAUUGAAAAUGAUAUUUACAAGUAGGAAAGGAAUGAAACAUUUUUGAAUGCGAUAUGCAAUGCAUCGUGUAUAUUCGAUAAUUUUUAAUCGAGUGAUUGAUAUUUGUUUAAGAUACUAUACAAUGUAUAAGCACCUUUCGAUCGCGCCUACCAACAAAAUACGAUUAAUAGUGCCUAGAUAUUAAAUAGAUAUUCUUGUUAUACACACUUAAUACAUAAAUGCGAUUAAGUAUGUUAAUACAGAUCACGAUAUACUAAAACUAUAUCGUCGCAAUAUUAAUAUAUGAUCACGAUAAUUUAUAUGAUUUAUGACAUAGAAAGUAUAUAUAUUAUAUAUUAACACCGGGCGUUUGAACCGGCCCCGGGAGAGAACUAAGAAGUUUUGAAUUUCGCAUAAUAUAUAUAUGAUAAUCCAUGACAGCAACAUCGAUGAUUAUAAUUACAUUACAAUAAAUUACAAUAAACAAAAAAGAACUCUCAGAA